CGUACACAUGUAUUCCGUUCAGUUUGAAUAUUCCGGCUUCCUCUUUUGACAAAAUUAUAACCAAAUUAAACUAUGUAAUGAUGAGGAUACACCGGCUGCUGAUGAACAAGUGCUCCUGCUACGGUCCUGUGCUGCAGCGAGUUCCAAGGCAUCGUCAUGGAUGUAGUUCCCUUCAGGUGCGCCAUUACGUCCAGGAUCCUCGAAAGGAGGCUAAUCCCGGUAAGCUACUGGAUAUCGAGCUGGACUUCUCGGUGGCCAAGGAUGAGCCGCAGGAUGUGUCCCUGCCCAUGAUGGUAUACGUCUACAGUCCCCUCACCCGUCUGGCCACCAAAUUAUCCCUGCUCCGGCUGAAAUUCAUGUGGGACUGGGACUUCUCCGAGCGCCAUUUCAUAGAGAAUUCGCGCCAGGCGGCCGCCGUUUUCACGGACUUUGUGAGGCGUCGCCGGAACCGGAAUGUCGAGCGGUGCAGCACGCCCAUGGGCUUCAAGCAGAUCAAGCACGACCUGCUGGACGAUCCGCCCGACUGGAGGCUGCAGAUGAUGCGCUUCGAGAAGGUCCACUUCCGGCGAGCCAUUCCCCUAAAGGUUCAGUUGUUGCGGCACUACGAUCAUCGUUUCGCCUUUCUGGAUGUCGUUUUUGUGGCUCUCCGACGAUCCAAUGACUUUCGUUCGCAGGCGGAACUUGAAGAAAUGGCGGAGCUAUUAAAGAACUAUGUGGAUCCCGCGCAGUUGAGGGUGCCGCAUCCCCUGAUCUUUGCCGAGGUCUUCAUGCGCUUCCGCCGCGACUAUUCCGUGGAGCCCACGAGGAUGGGCAAUGUGCGGGACAACAACCGCUGCAUGGGCCAGUGGCUCAUCUCCACGUACAAGGUGGUCCGCUUCGACAUCCUCAACCAGCAUCCGCUGUUCGACAUUCCCCAGUUCGAGGAGUGGAUGCCUCCGGUUUUGCCCAGGAUGGGCCGCAGUCUGGAAUGAAAUGGGUUUAGCAUUUAAGUCAUUUUACUAAGUCAUUUACUUGGAGAAAUAUCCUCGUGUUGUAAUAUUCCGGUAUGAUAUCGUAAAUUAUAGGGUCAAAUCCUUAAAGAAAAACUAAAACUACAUAUUAACAUUAAAUUGAUAUUAAAUAAAUAAGUAAUAUAAUAAAGCCGUCGGGAAA